AUGGCCCUUACAACAGCAGGAUUUGAAAACGAGUAUAACCAAAUUCAAGCACACACAUCGCGGCUUUUAAAUACUGAGCGUGACCGAGUACAUUGCAUAGAGCAACUACUUCUUCGCAUUGAAAACGAAAGCUUGCAACUGCAAGUACAUCAGACAGAAAAAGAAUUAAUUCAGACUAGAGAGGCAGAAUCUUACACGCGUCUCCGUCUUGAUAGUGCUAUGAGAGAACUUGACUCUCUACAGGAUAUCUCCCAGGCAUCAAUACGCGAAAUAGAAAAUCUUCGCCAUGAGCUUGCAUUAUCGAACACAGUUGCUUGUGAUUCCCAGAAAUUGCAAGCAGAAAAAGUUCGCCUAUCAAAAGAAGUGUCCAACAUUCAGUCCGAGCUUGAGAAACUGAGGUCUCAUAAUACUUCCGCCAAUACUCUUCUUGCAGAAAAACAGGCCGCUACUCGACAAUUAAAUGCCCUUGAGAUACAGCUUGAGGAUGAGAAACGUGCACAUGAGCGUACCCUAGCCAAACAAUUGCAGCAGACCGAGGAAAUUUCAUGGAUUGGUUCCAAACUUGAAGAAGCACGACAAGAACUAGAAUUGGAGCGCCGCCAAAACAAAGAUAACGCCAAUCAGAAGCGCCAUUCAACGCGAUCUCCUCAAGCACCACUUGCAGGUAGGAAUGGAGGUACUAAUAAGGGAUUUGGGAUCGCGAAAGACCGCGACCAAGAAGACACCCCAGUUCACCAACAAGCGGCCGCUCGGGGUAGCACAACAACCAAAGUUCCAACUGAAAGACCUAGUGAAUCUGGGCUCCAAAAAAUUUCAAGUCACUUGCACCCAGACCUGGUAAUUGCAACCCCUGGGGCUGUUCGUGCACGGGAUCAGCAGAGGAAAUUUUCUACGUUGCCUGGUGACAAGUCCUCCUUUUCAAUAACGCCUUUCCUAAACCGCACAACUGGAUUUGAUGAAUCUUCAACCGGCUCAGAGGAUGAACUGAAUGAAGCUAAUAGCUUUGUUCAUUUCGAUAAACCGUCUGACUCUUCCAGGCACAGCCAACACAUUGCUAAUGCAAUGACCGCACUCCCGAAACAAAAGCUAGCGGAUGCGAGACAGCCCCAUAAUCCCAGAAAGCAAGCGCCUACAAAGGCUACAUUGGAAGGCGAUACGAGAAACCAGAUGACAUCAGAUAGUCCUAAUGGGGGUUACCAGGCUCCACUAUCUCGGCCGGUUGGUCAAAAGCAAGCGGUGUCGAAGAAACGAAAGCUAGGAGUGCAACGCGAUAGAAGCAUAUUUGAUGAAGACGAGGAUGAUAAUACGUCUGAGACCAAGAAACCUGGAAGAAAGCUUGUUGGCACGGGAUACACAGGCUUAGCUGGAAACCGCGUUAUCCAGCAAUUUCUACCAAACCGGCUUUCGUCCUCUAAACGGUGGCAAGCGCGUCAACUCAAAGAUCAUUUUACGCGGGAGGCAGCAGUUCAAGGGCUCAAAAGUCGAGCAGCGUUCAAGCUUCUACAGGGCUAUGCUCCGGGGUCAUGGUCACAAGUGGCACUGACACGAACCCAGCCCCGAGGCAGGGUUCUUGGUGUCGAUAUAAUCCCAAGCCAACCACCAAAGGGUGUGUCUACCAUCCAAGGCAACUUCCUAGACCCAGAGGUCCAAGCCUAUGUGCGAGAAUUUGUGCGCAAUCCUCGGAGAGGCAGACAUUACUCUCAAGAAGCAGUUCAAGAUGUUGACAACGCCGAGGGAUCAGUGGAGUCUGCGCUGGAGGCAGGACCUACUAGUGGUACACUGAGAAACAAAGACAUCGGCGAUGGGUAUUCAGAUCCCCAGAGAACGGUAGAUGUGGUUCUAAGCGAUAUGUCCGCUCCCUGGUAUCAAACAACUGGAUUUUGGAAAAGAAGUCUAAGUAAUCCAUAUAACAGGAUGAUGAACACUAGCGGGUUACCCUUCAAGGAUCACGUGGGCAGUAUGGACCUCUGUCGUGCCGCCUUAGAGUUCAGUUAUGAGGUUCUGAAUGCUGGUGGACACUUUGUCUGCAAGUAUUACCAAGGAACUGAAGAUAAAGACCUGGAGAAGCAGCUGAGAACCUUGUUUCAAAAAGUGCAUAGGCUCAAACCAGAAUCAUCACGCAGUGUAUGGAACGUGUUUAUCCGAAUGUACUAG